AAUCCUGAUUUAACGUCAAACUGACAGCUGUGAUAGUUUUCUUUUGAUUUUAUAAAUAAAAAUAGUGAUGAGAUUCAAUGAUUGGGAAUUAAUAAAAGUAUCCAAAGGUACACCUGUAGUUGAAGGGAUACUACAGUACAUGAAACCCCAGGGCAAGGAUUGGUACCAACGUCCAUACAAGGAGAGAGUAUUUAAAUUGGUCAACAAUUUGCUCUUCUAUUAUCGUACCAAUGAGUUGGAUGAACCACUUGGAUUGUUGGUACUGGAAAAUGUUCAAGUUGCUUAUGAGAUGCCAGGACCAGCUUUUGCGUUUUCACUAAACUUUAGUGAUGGUAAACAUGUGUUUGCAUGUAGAUGUCUGGAUGAUUUAAACAAAUGGAUAACAUCACUAAAAAUGGCAUCAUAUGAAUAUUGGAAAUCACUACACACCUUAUUGAGUACAAAAAUAUCAAUGAAGAGAGGCAAGAGGAUAGAGGAAAGGAAACCUGAUAGUCAAAGAAUAGUAAAUAAAAUUAGUUCAACAUCAACAAUAUUUUAUACCCAAGCUGAAAGCUCUAUUUCAAUAAACACAACCAGUAGCAAUGUAAAAGUAGAAAAUUUGAUUGAAUUAUGACUUUUAUAAAAUUAUUAAAAUAAAAAAUAUAUAAAACUCAAAUUGUUUUCA